UACAUUUCAUGAUUUUUCGCACCCUAUGAGUUGACCUGAUAAAUGGAUGUAAACCAAAAACCAGAUGUCGAUGUUAGAACCUAAGAUUUAAUAUUGUUUGUGAUUUAUUCGAAUUAACUUACGCCUUUUACAAAAAUGGCAAAGUAUAUUGUAAAACAAUUAAACAAUGCAUUAUGCCAUAUUUAUUCUGCCAUUCCAAUAGAUUAAGUAUUUUUCAAAUUUCAUGUCUACAAUAAGUUGUCAUAUUGUCCAAAACCGGCACACGUUAGGUCAAAUAUUUUGGUCACCGAUAGUUGAAAUAAGUUGCCACUGUUAUUCAAUCAUGUCCUUAAAGUUUCCUUGUGGGUAAGAUACAAGUAGGUAGUGGACAAAGAGAAAGAAUAUGCAGUUCAAACCCAAUAUUAUGGUACUGCGCAUACAGAAGAAUAAUAUAUUCAAAAAUAGCAGACUUACUGAUACUGAAUUGUUGUUUGAUAUUUUUGGGGUGGAAAUCACAGUACAUUAGUUAUAGUAUACAUAUAUAUCUAUUAAAGCUUUAUAUUUGUAAAUGUAUAAGUGUGUGUAAAUAGCACUACAAUGAUAAAACAUCAAAAAUUAGGAUAUAUGAUAGAAUUCUACAUAUUUGUACAGAAAAAGGAUCGGAUGAAUGACAAAUGAAUAAACAUUUUCUUGAAAAUGUGAAUCUAUUGAUUUCUUUAGCCUCCUCUUACAAGGAACAAUGCAUGUUCCACAUAGCCAGACAGUAUAAACAAAACAAAAAAAUACGAUACUCAUUUCACACUGCCUUCUUCAGGAAUUUUAACAUCUUCACAACACCAAUAUAUGUACAGAAUGCAAGACCUGUAACAGACAGUCUGCUCUAUGACUUGGAUAAGUAAGGAUGUCAAUUGCACUCUUCCGAUUCAAAUAUUAGUAUCUAUUGACUUUUCGAUGCAACUAUUCAUAAUCUAAUUCUGAAAUCUCACAAAUUGUUGUAAAUUUGGAUAACUCACCAAUAAACUUUAAAGUUUUCAGGGUUAGGAAAGUACAUAAUUUUGUGGUUUUUAAAACUAAGAUUUAGCAACUUGAAAAUGAAAUGAUGACCUUGAAGAACAUAUUGCGUAUUUCACUUUUGAUGCUUGCUAUAGGCAUCGAGAUUAACCAGGCAAAAAAAUGUAAAAUUCCAGAGAACAAUGAAGAUAUCGACUGGGAUAAGGUAAAGAAUGACUGGUAUUUGGUGCUACACACCAACGAUGAGAUCAUGAAAAAAGAUGUUAUAGGUGCAAAAUUACAGAAUAUCUCUAAUACAAAUGAAGGAAUGCGAAUGGUGAUUACUGAUUUACAUGAGAAUUCUCCUCCCCAAACCUUUACAAGUCAUAAGACCAAACGAAGAGACGGCGUUUAUUAUGGGGAAAAGAGCGAAGAGCCAGCUUCUUCGGCUUCUCACACUCUAACACCAGAUGGAGGAACAAAUAAUAAAGCGAAAAUAAUAGAUGAUGCCUUAUUCAAUGGUGAUAUUCUGGCUUUAUGUGACGAAAAGAAUUUUUUGCUCAAUGCAUUCUGCAGUCUUUCAGAUGAAUGGGUUGUCUGGGUUGCAUUUCCAACCCUGAAUCCAACUAUUCAUCAAAUUAGUUUAAUGUGGAACAAGCUCAUUGAGAAAGGAAUCGUUGUACAACUUUAUCCUUCUAAAACGGUUGCACAUCCAGAGUUGAUGGAAAGUUUGAAGUGACAAGAUCAUUCAAUACUGAGUUAUAACGAUGAACACAGAUCUAUUUAAUAAGAAUUAUAAUACUGCAGUAUACUAUUUAGUACAACUAUUAUAUUCUAGAAAAAAUAAAGACAGUAAGAAAACUACUGGAGUACUUUUAUAUAGAAUUUUAGGUAUUAUGCCAUGUCUCUUUCAGUUUCAUUGUUAUUAUGUUGUGUUAUAUUCAAGUUGUAAAUUAUACAAUGAAGACAUGAUGCAAAUGUUUCAACGCUAUUGUUUG